AUGUCCAUUGAGUCAGUGAUGCCAUCCAACCAUCUCCUGCUCUGUCGUCCCCUUCUCCUGCCUUCAAUCUUUCCUUACUUCAGGGAUUUUUCUAAUGAGUCAGCCAAAUACUGGAGCUUCAGCUUCAGCAUCAGUUCUUCCAAUGAAUAUUUUGGUUUGAUUUCCUUUAGGAAUGACUGGUUUGAUCUCUUUGCAGUCAAAGGGACUCUCAAGAGUCUUCUCCACCACCACCGUUCAAAAACAUCAAUUCUUUGGCACUUACCCUUCUUUAUCGUCCAACUCUCACAUCCAUACAUGACUAUUGGAGAAACCAUAACUUUAGCUAGACGAACCUCUGUUGGCCAAGUACCGCCUUUACUUUUUAAUACGCUGUCUAGGUUUGUCAUAGCUUUCCUUCCAAAGAGCAAGCAUCUUGAUUUCAUGGCUGCAGUCACCAUCUGCAGUGAUUUUGUGUGGGAACCAUGUUUUACUGAUUUCUCAGAAAUACCUCCUGGAAUUUAA